AUGUCAAUAUUAGGACUUACGGAUAUUUGUAGUGGUUUAGUAACAACUGAUGAUCAAUUAACACCACUUCAUCAAGCAGCUUCUGAAGGUCAUGUACAAUGUUUAGAAUUGUUACUUGCACAUGAUGCUGAUGUAUAUGCUGAAGAUAGUCGUAAACAAUUACCUAUUGAUCUUGCAAAAUUAUGGGGACAUAAAAAAUGUGCUAAACUACUUGCAGCUGUUAUGUGGCAUCAAAAUAAACAUUGA